CAACAGAGCUGUACUCCUGCACGAGAAAGAGAGAACAGUUUCCAAGAAAGAUUCAGUUUUGUUCAUCGGGCCUUUGACCAAGUUUCACCCAACAUCGAGUGUCGACAUGUCAGCGACCAACUUUCUGCUGACUGAAGAGCAGCUCCUGUGCAGCAUCUGUCUGGACGUGUUCACUGAUCCAGUCACGUUACCAUGUGGACACAACUUCUGCCACGACUGCAUCACGCAGCACUGGGACAGCAGCACCCAGUGUCAGUGUCCCUCAUGUAAAGAGCCUCUCUAUAAAAGGCUCAGCCUGCGAGUCAACACCUUCAUCUCUGAGAUGGCUGCUCAGUUCAGAGAGUCUGCAGGAAGGAGCAGCUCGGACCAAAAGGCUGCCCAACCUGGAGAAGUCACCUGUGACAUCUGCACUGAAAACAAAAAGAGAGCUGUGAAGUCCUGCCUGGUGUGUCUGGCUUCCUACUGUGACACUCAUCUGCAGCCACAUCUGACGGCAGCACCCCUGAAAAGACAUCAGCUAACAGAUCCUGUGGAGAACCUUGAAGGCAGGAUGUGUACGAUACAUGAUAAACCUCUGGAGCUCUUCUGCAAGACCGACCAGAUCUGUGUGUGCAUGCUGUGCCCUGUUCUAGACCACAAGUCGCAUGAAGUAGUACCGCUGAAAGAACAGUUUGAGAGACAGAGGGCGGAGCUGGGGAGAAGAGAGGCUGAAAUUCACCGGAUGAUCCAGGAGAGACGGCUGAAGAUCCAGGAGAUCAAACACUUAUCAAAGCUCAACAAGGAAGCUGCGGACAGAGAGAUGACUGAUGGCGUUCAGGUCCUCACCACAUUAAUACAGUCUUUGGAAAGAGCCCAGACUGAGCUCGUUGGGACGAUUGAAGCAAAGCAGAAAAAGACUGAGAAAGAGGCCAAAGGUUUCGUCCAAGAGCUGGAGCAGGAAAUCUCUGAGCUGAUCAGGAGGCGCGCUGAGGUGGAGCAGCUCUCACGCUCAAAAGACCCCCUUCACUUCCUCCAGAGCUUUGCAUCCCUGAAUGCUUCUACAUUCACCAAGGACUGGACAGAGGUCAGCAUUGAUCCGCCAUCAUACGAGGGGACUGUGAGGAAAGCUGUGGAUCAACUGGAGGAGACUCUUGGCAAAGAGAUAAAGAAGCUGCUCCAUGAGUCCGAGCUUAACAGGGUCCAGCAGUUUGCAGUGGAUAUAACUCUGGACCCGAAUACAGCACAUCAUGCUCUCAUCCUCUCAAGUGAUGGCAAACGAGUACAUCACGGUGCUGUGAAGAAGAAUCUACCAGACAAGCCUGAGAGAUUUAAUCCCAGUUGUUGUGUUUUGGGGAAACAGAGUUUCUCUUCUGGAAAAAUUUACUUUGAGGCUCAAGUUAAAGAAAAGACUAGAUGGACUCUAGGAGUCGCCAAAGAGUCAAUCAAAAGGAAGGGAAUAAUCCCACUAUGCCCAGAAAAUGGCCACUGGACCAUGUGGUUGAAAAAUGGAGAUGAAUACGCUGCUCUUGUUGGCUCCCCUCUACAUCUCUCCCUUAAGUCGAAGCCACAGAAGGUGGGAGUGUUUGUGGAUUAUGAUGAGGGUCUGGUCUCUUUUUAUGACGUAGACGCUGCAGCUCUUCUCUACUCCUUCACUGGCUGCUCCUUCACUGAGAAACUCUACCCAUUCUUCAGUCCUGGUCUUAAUAAUGAUGGCAUCAACUCUGCCCCUAUGAUCAUUUCUGAGGUCAGUCGCACUGAUCUUUUAAAGAAAUGAUUUUGUGUCAGGGUUUUCCAGCCCAUUCUCAUUCCCAACUCAUCAAAUACUGCCGCUUUGUCAGUGAUUUUGGGGUCAGACACUGAUGCAAAAUGCACCUUUUGUGGAUGCUACUGAGCAGCAUCAGUUUGUAACGCCACCAACAACAACAUAAGUCCACUGACACAGCGGCAAUAUUUGACACGCUGGGAUGAGAAUGUUCAUGUUUUUCCUGAAAUUCUGGUAAAUUUUGUCACAGCAUUGCAUUUUUCUGAAUGUGUUUUCAAACAUGUUUCUUUCAGUCUGGUUGAAUCAGACUCUGGUUGAAUGUUGCCCCUUGGUAUGAUUCAUUUGGAUCCAUUUGAACACCACAAUUGUAAGCUGUUGCUGACCAAAAGAAUCGCACCAACACCCUUUUGUGGAAACAGUUUCCAUCUGGUCACAAAGGCAUUCUGGGGUGACUUGUUUGUUGUGGGAACAUGAUCCAACUUCUGUUGUUCUCUGUAGGUUUGAGCUU